AGAAAGUUGUUGAAACCGAAACAAGUAGCUGACUCGGGCUCUUUCAAACGUAUUUUCACUCUUAGCUAAAUGUUUAUUUUAAGUGAAAAUGAGAGCAACAUACAAAACCUUGUUCGGAUGUGUUUUGAUAUCGAGUGUUCUUGUGAACGCGCUCGGUUCAAUCUCUGCAAUGUUAGUCGGUGCGGGACUUGGAGGAGUAGCAGUAGCAGCAGUAUAUCGUUAUUUACUUGAAAGUGAAAAUUGCAAUUCAAAAUGGACUCAUUUUAAUUCAACAGGUUUGGAAUUUGACCUAGAUCAUAAGCUGUUUGGUCAACAUGUUGCCUCCAGAGUUAUCCUGAAAGCUGUAACGGGUUUCAUGAACAAUAAAAACCCUAAAAAGCCCCUGGUGCUUUCUCUACAUGGCUCAACUGGCACAGGGAAGAACUUUGCCAGCGAGCUGAUAGCUGAAAACAUCUAUAAGGAGGGCAUGGCCAGCAGUUUCAUCCACCAGUUUGUAUCUACAGUUCACUUCCCCCAUCAGAGAAAUAUUGAGAACUACAAAUCAAAGCUGAAGCAGUGGAUCAAAGGCAACGUCACCAUCUGCCCACGCUCCAUAUUCAUCUUUGAUGAGAUGGACAAGAUGCAGCCAGGUCUGAUCGACAGUAUAAAGGCCUACCUGGACUACUACAAAAAUCUGGACGGGAUCUCAUACCGCCAUGCCAUCUUCAUCUUCCUCAGCAACGCUGGAGGAGAGAAAAUCAUGCAGGUGGCCCUGGACUUCUGGAGAGCAGGGCGAGACCGAGAGGAAAUGGAGCUGAAAGAUCUGGAAACAGCGCUCUCCCUGUCCGUGUUCAACAACAAGCAGAGUGGGUUCUGGCACGCCAGUCUGAUAGACAAGAACCUGGUGGACUUCUUUGUCCCCUUCCUGCCUCUGGAGUACAAACACGUUCUGCUGUGUGGCAUGGCUGAGAUGGCCGCCAAGGGCCUGAAGCCCAACCAUGACGUGGCCACCCAGAUGGCCAGAGAAAUGAUUUACACCCCCAAAACAGAGAAGCUCUUCUCCGUAAAGGGCUGCAAGACCAUCAGCAGCAAGCUGGACUACUACACAUAGACUGCGUUGCAGUUGGCGGCUGUGGAGUGAACAAUUUACGAAUCAUAAUGAGUAGUAACUUAGGAUGAAAGGGGAUUUGUUGGUCUGAUCAGUCAGUCUGCAGUCGCCAACGGAAAUUUAGUUGAUUUCAAAGAGGGAACAGCUAUCUAUCUACCGCCUACUCUACUGUGUGGACUUUCUUAAUGAGAACAUCUCCGCCAGUCGGCGGGAGGAAGUCAGUGACAAAGUGGAUGACCCUCAGGUAUCCUAACCUCAACACAACCAUGUGGAGGACAUCAACGGGCUUGCGCUGAUGUCACUUUUCCCUGAAUAGUAAUGAAUGGACUACUGAGAUCCCAGCUGCUCGAUCCCAACUUUUAUGUAUUCUGUAAAUGAGAAUCUCCAAAAACAUGUUCCUUUUUUUUUUUUUCCAGGGAAUUCAAAUCAAAGUUGAUUUGUUUGUAUACACAGAUUUGCAGAUG